AUGGUGUUCACUCGAUUUGUGGAAGUUGGUCGUGUCGUUUUGAUUAAGGCUGGUCCUUUUGUCAACAAAUUAGCCGUCAUUGUAGAGAUUCUUGACCACAGCAGAGUACUUAUCGACGGUCCACAGGCAAUCACAGGCGUGACUAGACAAGUCAUCAACUUGAAGCAGGUCGACUUGACCUCCUUUGUCGUCGCUAAUGUCACAAGAGGAAUGCUCCACAACAAGCUUUGCUUACGUUUCGAACAGGAUCACAUCGUCAAAAGAUUCGCUAAAACAGCUCAAGGAAAGGCUAUUGAGAGAUUCAACUUAAGAUCCAAAAUGACUGAUUUCGACGCCUUCAGAGUUAACAAGAUUAACAGAAACAUUGACGCCGUCGCUAGAGCUAUUGCUUUCAAGAAGUCUAAGUGA